AUGUCACCCCACAAACCGUGUUCUGAUUCGUUGCUUAUACUGGCAAAUCAGGCCAUAACCCCUUCAAAUCAACAAUACAAUUCAGCUACCAUUAAUAAUAUAAUCGAAUUGAUCAACAAGGACCCAGGUGGAGCAUCUGUUUCUUUGCGUCUAAUCGCUCAUAAGAUCCAAUCUCCGCAAGAGCGCGAAGCUUUGAAUGCGCUGAAAUUGUUAGAAGUGCUCGCGACUCAUUGUGGCGCUAACUUCCAAUCGGAACUCGGAAAGUUCAAGUUUUUAAAUGAAUUAAUUAAGGUUUUAUCUCCAAAGCAUCUCGGUGACCAGACCACGGAAGCAGUGAAACUGGGAUGCGCUCGUCUCCUCUAUCAAUGGCAUCGUGAUUAUUCGGCGAAGGAGCCUAAAUUCUCGGAAGCCUACAACAUGCUAUGUGAACAAAGGUUGAUCAACCCCGAAUCUCUAGCACUGAAUGGAUCAGAUUCGAAACACCCAGACGCUACGGUUGCUCGUCAGCCGAACAUCUUCGAUCGUAACAAGGAAUAUGCACGUUUAACCAAGUUGCUUCGUAGCAAGAAUCCAGCUAAUAUCGUUGAAGCCAACCGAAUAAUUCAAAGCAUUGUUGAAGAGGAUAGAAAUCGAAUGGAACUGGCCACACAGCGCUCCACAGAAAUGGAGGCACUCAAAAACAAUACUCAUCUGUUGAACGAGAUGAUAAAAACUUACGAACGUGGAGAAGGAUCCGUGGCCGAACAGGAACUGAUGGAAGAACUCGCUCAAAACAUUCGGCGAGCGCGACCGUUGCUCUACAAUUUUUCAUUAACUCACGAAGAGCAUGAUUUGGAGACCAUGACCGAUAUCGUUCGGAUUUGUGAUGAAGCGAGCACCACUCUGGAUGUGUAUGAAAAACUGGUUGUCGUUUCAAUUGGUCCCGGAAGAUCUGCCAAUCUCCCAGACAGUUCAUCCAGGUCGAAAUCGACGUUGAAUCAGGAUUUACUGUCCAGUGAUUUACUCGGCUUGGGUAUUGAUGCGGAGUUGCCUGCAGACUCCAACGCUUCUUCAUUGUCAACCUUUCCAAAACCGUCUUACCUUCAUCAGGAUGCCUCUCAACCCAAUGUUUAUAAAUGCGAAGAACUGAAGGAUAUCUUCGCCAAUCUUUCCUCUGUUCCCUCACUAGAAAACUCGGUCCAACAGGCAACGAAUCUUCCCAUUCCCAUCACCAAUACAGUCCAUUCACCGCGCCCUUUUAUCUCUGAGUCACUGUUUUUGACGGCGCUGCAAAAGGCCCCCGAGGUUCCGUCUGACAAAACGAACACUUCGAAAAUGUUUGAUGACCUUGACUCUUUGGGACGCCGUAUGCUCGGUUUUGACACGCAACCUUCCGUUGCAAGCGCCGCCCCUGUUUCUGAUCUCCCGGCUCCUACCCUCAGCCGUGAGCCAUCCCCCAAGUCGUCCGUCACGGAUCGGUUCGAGAAAAAACUCUCUUCCCGCGGCCCUCUUCCUUUUUCACCUGCCGAUUUUUCCCAACUUGAUGUUGCACUCUCCGCAAUUCAGCCGCAUCCCACUGUGCAGAAACCGUACGUUAUUUAUCCCACAAAAUCCAACUCAGACUCCGGUAUAGAGUUGGCUCUUCACUACGCUAGCAAUCAACCCGUUCCCAGUGUGCGUGUCUUUGUCGCUACGUUGUCCAAUCGGAGCCCGUUUCCUGUCACUGACAUCUUUGUUCGUUUUGGUGUGAAAAAACCCCGGUUACUUCGCCAGCUCACUCCCUCUGGCAAUAGUCUGGCUCCCCACUGCUCAUUCAUUCCAAACAGCGCUGUCAACCAAGUCAUUCUAAUCUUCGAUCCGCUAAACGAAUGUAGGCACUGACAGUGAAAUUAUUCGAUUCAGUUGCAUUGGCUUCCUGAGGUUCUUUUGUACGUGUUUCCAAGCACUUCUGUAUGCUUAUUCCGUGGCCAACAGCACUGUUGACAAAUUCACUACUUUAUCGACAAACUGCACCAAAUGUAACCAUCAUCAUCAAUACACAUUAGCUAAAGGUGAGAGACACGCUUCACUUAACUGUGCCACAGUACAAAGAUACAGAAACUUGAACGCAGGUAAUGUGCUAGGUUUACUAUUCUUCAUGCAGUGUGAGAUCGUUGGUGAUAGGGGAUAGAUAAGCGGGGUUGGGAAGGACAGAAA